AUAUUUAAUGAAUGGUAUAUCAUUACAAUAAUGGAAAUAAUGUCAGAUAUACGGUGUGGUAAGUUGUAUAUGUUAACAGAGGGUUCAUGCUUGGCUGCCCAGGAGUUUGGGGGCGUUCUGACGAUAGGACAUUUCAGCAGGGCAAGUCCAGCUCCUGUUGGAAAUAUUUACUGGCAAGAGAUUUGCAACAUUAAAUGAUAACAGCAACCAAAAAUACAACUGGUUAGGAAAUACAUUCACAUUUUUACACACACACACGCACACACACACACACACACACACACACACACACACACACACACACACACAAAAAGAAAAGUUCAUUUGUUGAAGCUGGUGAACAUUUGCACAUUUUGUUCAGUUUUAUUAUUAUUUUCUAAUGUCUUUUCACUACUGUGACUGACAGUAACUAACAUACUUGGCACGCACACACACACACACACACACACACACACACACCAAUUGUGUUAGUAAUUUAAGUGUUUAAUAAAAAUGUCAUGUCAUGUCAUGAUGUCACAUUUCAGCCCAGUGUAUGUUACAACUAAUCCAGACUAUGGGGUGAAAUGUGACAUUUCCAUUUUUUCGUUUGUGUUGCAGAGAUAACACCUACACCAUUUAAAUGCACAUGUAACUAGUUAUUACAUUUUAAACGCGCCGGCUUGUAAAGAGCUCCAAGAUACAGACAGACAUGUCAAAAACGUUACAACCAUCCCUGGUCUCCCCGACUGUAGUUUGCAUUUGUGAAGUUUCCCCUGUCUCAUGCUCCUUUGUUGCCAGAAUUUGGAUUUUUUGUUUUUGUGCUCAUGUUUUCUUCCUGCUUUUCUCCCGAUCAGUCUCCAUAGUCUUUCAGUUUUGUUACAGAAUUUUGCUUUUAUUUUGAGUUCUGUUACUUUUCUUUAUUAAAAGAGCUUUUUUCCACCAACCUCCUUCUUGUGUUGGCUGCAUUUGAGUUCAGUUUUUCCCUAAAACCUGACAACAGUUGUACAAUCUAAUGCAAUCCAAUACAACUGCUCGGUCAUAACUACUAAUACUUUUAACGAUGCCUGUAGUUGACUGUUCACUGUCAUAGAGGUGUUCAAGUAUAUGAAUUUAGCUUUGGGGGUCAUAGGUAACGAUGACUGGACUGCAUCAAAUACAGAGAUGCUUAGAGAUAAUAUUCUGCUCCCUUCAUUUAUAUGUAAAUAAGGACGAAAUAUUCAAAACACCUCUCGAUAUAAUGUACAACAUCACCUUUUACUAUGACCUUAGAAAAAUAAACCUAUCAUUGAAUUUAUUAAUUUCCAACAAUGUCAACAAAAACUAAACAAUUCAUUGGCAGAGCUGCUGUAUUGAAUUCCAAUAGAUGGUUUACCUAAUAACGUGGUCACUAAAAAAGAUUAGAUUAGAUUGACUGAACGGCCAUCCAGCCAAUCAAAUCACUUCCAUUUGACCAACCCACCAGCCCAGGGAAGAGUAAACAGCUCGGUUUUCAUCCCGUGUCUCAUAGAUGAAAUAAAAGAUAAUUAAAGUCUGUGUGUUUCUUGACAGACACUGAGAAGUCUAAAGUCACCGGUUAAUACUAGUGUGUGUGUGGAUACUUGUUAAUAUCGUAUCCUGCAGUGAAGGCGUGCUGCGUGGCCUGGUGUACAUUUUGAACUCAACAUUAUUUGGAUACGGGGAUGAAGGAUAUGUAGAAAUGCAUAAGACUGAUUUUGAUUUGGCAUGUUGUGGAGACUGGAUUGGGGGCUGAAGGCAGGGGGGUUGUGGUGCUCAUGUCCCACCCUUAGAACUUUUAAAAUCGCUGCUCCACCCCUGUAUGUAGACUAUACUCUCAGGCCUUACAAUCCUCACACAUUCUCUCAUUUACCUUUCCUUAUUCACAUGGUCACGUUUUUACAGAUUUCUGUGGCAGAGAGAAAAUUCUGAUUCCAUUCUAUGCCCCAAAUAAAGAUUUUGUCAUUUUUUAUUAUCACAGAAGAAGAUUUCCCAAGAAACAUUAGAAGUGUAGCACCUGGCACAGAGGGUCAGUCUCCUCUCUGCUCUGUGUGACAGAGGAGGAAACAUCUUGGACAUCAGUCACUGCUACACUGUCCCUUGAAAUGUAUCACCAGGUUUAAAAAUGAGAAUAAAAAAAUAUUUGAAAGCCAAACAGUAUUAACUACCAUCAUACCGCGUGUAGACUUCUGGCUGCUGCCUUACAACAAGAAGAAAUAUUGAGUGAUUAGGCCUACAUGCAGCCUACCCCUCGGUCUCCUCCUCUCCGCCUUCCUCUCUCUGCCAUUGGUUAGCACGAGGCAGGCUCCGGGAUGGUGAUGCCUGGGAAAGGGGGUAAACUCGGAGCGCACGUCUCCCCCGCUGCGCACACACUCACAGCAAAAGUGAAGUGAAGAUGCUUCUUCUCUUCCAACCAACAGUCCAACCCGAGAGCCCGCCACUACUACUCAUUCUUCUUCUUCUUCUUCUUCUCCUCCUCUUACCAAAGCGCAAAACUGUCCCCGUCCCUGGCUUUCCGGAGGAACUUGUGCUGCCGGGGCUCGUCCAGCUCGGAGGAGGCGAGAGGAGGCAGCGGAGCUCCGAAGCACCGUCAGCACUAUAGCGUAUCCGUGGAAAGCUACGCGUCGGUAUGGGUGCGCUGACAAAAGGACGUUACCUCUCCAUGACGGGCCUCCUGAUUCUUGUUUAUUGUACAGCAUCCGUGAUCUCCAAAGGUGCCACCGGUGAUGCUCAGCCUGAUGCCCUACCCUCAGUGCAGGGCACCCUACCGCACUUCAUCCAGGAGCCGGAGGAUGCCUACAUCGUCAAGAGUAACCCCAUCAAGCUGCGCUGCCGAGCCGCGCCGGCCUUACAGAUCUUCUUCAAAUGCAACGGGGAGUGGGUGCACCAGAACGAGCACUUCUCCCAGGAGUAUAAGGACCUCAACACUGGGCUGAAGGUUCGUGAGGUGAUGAUCAAUGUGUCCCGUCAGCAGGUGGAGGAUUUCCAUGGCCCCGAGGACUACUGGUGUCUCUGUGUGGCCUGGAGCCACCUGGGUACCUCCAAGAGUCGCAAGGCUACUGUCCGCAUUGCCUACCUGAGGAAAAACUUUGAGCAGGACCCCCAGGGGAAGGAGGUGCCAAUCAAUGGGAUGAUCGUUCUGCACUGUCGCCCUCCAGAGGGAGUGCCUGUGGCGGAGGUGGAAUGGCUAAAAAACGAAGAGCUGGUGAGCUCCCUGACCGACGACAACAUCGACACGCGAGCCGACCACAACCUCAUCAUCAACGAGGCGCGUCUGUCUGACUCUGGCAACUACACCUGUCUGGCCAGCAACAUCGUGGCAAAGAGACGCAGCGCCACCGCCACUGUCAUAGUCUUCGUGAACGGCGGCUGGUCCCUGUGGACGGAGUGGUCGCCCUGUAAUGUGCCGUGUGGGCGGGGUGUCCAGAAGCGAUCACGAACCUGUACUAACCCAGCUCCUCUGAACGGCGGGGCUUUCUGCGAAGGCAUGUCCGUACAGAAGAUCACCUGCAACGCACUCUGCCCAAUUGACGGAGGCUGGGACGAGUGGAGCGAAUGGACCGUAUGCAGCAGCCAGUGCGAGAGGCAGCGGAGUCGGGAAUGCAACUCCCCGGCACCAAGACACCGAGGCAAGAUGUGCGAAGGGAACAGCGAGGCCACUGAGAACUGCACAGAUGGACUGUGUACCCAGAAUCGAAAGCUGCUACAUGACGUUAAACCUCAAAGUAUGGACGGCUCCAACGACAUAGCUCUGUACUCGGGUCUUGGAGCCGGCAUCAUCGCCGUGGCGAUCCUCGUAGUGGCCGUCAUGCUGUACAGGAAGAACCACAGCGAGUACGGAGUGGACGUCAUUGACUCCUCUGCGCUCACUGGGGGUUUCCAGUCUUUCAACUUCAAGACCACCAGACAAGGCAACCCACUGCUUCUCAACUCCUCGAUGCAGCCUGACUUAACAGUGGGACGGACAUACAGUACUCCCCUCUGCUUCCAGGACAGCACAGACAAAGAGCUCUUUGACCCCCUGCCAGACAUCAAGGUCAAAGUUCAGAGCUCCUUUAUGGUUUCACUAGGUGUGGCGGAGCGCGCGGAGUUCCACGCCAAAGCCCCCGCCGAGACCUUCCCACGGGACCUGAGCCGGGACUACUGCAGCACCAUGGACAGACGCAAGAAGGGGCUGCUCACCCUCAACGGGCCCUUGAGCGCCGGCAAGGAGCAGCUGAGGACCACGGGUGUGUUCGGCCACCCUGGAGGGCGACUGGUGGUGCCAAACACCGGGGUCAGCCUGCUGGUGCCUCAUGGAGCUGUGGCUGAGAAUAUGUCCUGGGAGAUGUACAUGGUGAUCAAUCAGGGAGAGGCAAGUGUCCAAACACUGGAAGGCUGUGAAAUCCUCCUGGGCCCAGAGGUGACGUACGGUCCUCCAGGUCUGGACCUCUUCUGCCCAGUGGCCAUGACUAUCGCUCACUGCGCCGAGGUGGACGCCGAGAACUGGAACAUCCAGCUCAAGAGGAGAACCCAGGACAGCAAAUGGGAGGAAGUGAUGUCAGUGGAGGAGGAGUCCACUUCCUGUUACUGCCUGAUGGACUCGUCAAGCUGCCACCUGCUGCUGGACCAGCCAGGCUCGUACGCCCUGGUGGGCGAGCCCCUGACGCAGGCUGCCGUCAAGAGGCUGAAGCUGGCUGUGUUUGGGAGCAUGGAGGCCGGCUCCAUGAGCUACAGCCUGCGGGUGUACUGUGUGGACGACACGCCACACGCCUUUCAGGGAGUGGUGGCUGCAGAGAAAACCAGAGGGGGUCAGCUCCUCGAGGAGCCAAAGAUGUUGCCUUUCAGAGCGAACACCUUCAGCCUCCAGGUGUCCAUCCAGGAUGUUCCCCAGUUCCUGUGGAGCAUCAAACCCUUUACUACAUGUCAGGAAUUCUCCUUCCCCCAAGUGUGGUGCAGCAACCAGCAGCCCCUGCACUGUGCCUUCUCUCUGGAGAGAUACAGCCCUGCCACCGCCCAGCUCUCCUGCAAAAUCAGCGUGCGCCAGGUCAAAGGCCACGAGCAGAUUCUGCAGGUCUACACGGCUGUGGCCGAGACUGAAAAGGAGUCAGUUCCAUUUUUUAUGCAGACAGACUGCACCAUCACGUCCCAGACGGGGCCCAAGGCCUUCAAAAUCCCCCUGUCCAUCCGCCAGAGGAUCUGUGCCACCUUCGACACUGCCAACGCCAAGGGCAAGGACUGGCAACUCUUAGCCCAGAAACUUCACUUAGAUCGAAACCUGGGUUAUUUUGCAAAGCAGCGGAGUCCGUCUGCAGUCAUACUGAGCCUGUGGGAGGCUCGCCACCAGGACACUGCUGACCUUGACUCUCUAGCCAGCGCCCUCGAGGAGAUUGGCAAAAUCCACUCCAAAAGCUCCCCCAAGGAUCAGGACGAGCCGGAGUCUGACUUCAAUCAUAUACAAGCGGGCAGCCUGUGUGCGGCGGGCGAGCUAGCGAGUGAGAAGACGGAGGACUCUGCUCCUGAAUACACAGGCUGAGAGACACGAGAGACACUGAGUGAAAAACUGACAAAACAUAUGUCUGUCUACGCGCACAGCCAGUGAUGGACAACACACUGCGGCGGUCCGCUGGAAGGUCAUGAGGUUGUCGGUGAGUAGACGGUGCGAGCAGCCAACGUGCCGACCAAUCACAACGGGUCGCGGUGAGCUGUCGCCUGCUGUGGAUCCGCCCCUCUCUUUUAGGAAUCUGUCUGAGGAUCGACUGUAAAUCUUCUUUCUGCCCUUUCACUCAAUUUUUAAGUUCAUUUUAAGUUGAAUUGUUCUUUGUUUGAAGUUAAAGAUCCCCCCCCUGUAUAUUCCUUUCCAGCUGAGAGGGUGAGUGGGAGAGGAGGGUGGGGAGCGGGUUAUUUCCUGAACGCUUCAGUCAAUUAUUUAAUGAAUGUGUUAGAAGAGACGAGAGCUCCUUUUCCCCCCUGGACGGUCCCCUGCCAUCUCCCCUCCUUUCCCAGAGGUCCACACGGCAGCUGGACAUAUUUGCAUAGAGGUUCGUGUAUGCAAAUAAGAUGAUACAACUGUGGCAUCAUUUCAGAGUCACCUGUGUUUCGAUCUAAUUUCUUUUUUUUUUUUUUCUUUUUUUUUCAAAAUCCCCGCGUCACAGAAUGAAUGAGGACGUAGAAGCUACUUUUUUGAUGUCUGAUAUAUUUUUUAAAGGAAGCUGCUGAUUGCUUAAAUGUUGUGAUUGUGAACUUUUAAAGCCAAGUAUCUAGAAAUUCACUCAUUUUCAUCUCUUAAAAAAAGAUUUGUUCUGUAGGAAAUUUGGCACUUCUGAUAGACAACCAGUUUAAAAAAUAAAUAAAUAAAAAAUAAAAAAAAUAUAUAGUUUAACCUUGAAGGACAGCACAGUCAGAUGGUGACUUCUCACGUGUGAAUGGAGGGGGAAAAAAAAAAAGUAGUCGUGGCAAAUGUGGCAGAGUGAGAUUUGUAACCGUGGCAUUACAGUUCAUUACAGUUUGCUCCACCAAGAGAUAGGGAGGGAGGAAGCUGUAAAACAUCAUUUCCUGGCACCGCGGGGAGCGUAUCGCCACGUCUUAUCAUCCAAUUCCCACCAUUAACACUCUUCACAUAGACCUCAUAUCAGGCCCCCGACACACCCGACUGCCCCCCUCCUCAAACCACCUUCACCCCCCACCCCCACCCCCCUCAUCUCCAACACAUGCAGACACACACAUUGACAUUUCAUGGCCACAGAGGUCACGUGCACAUGUGCUGGACGUGUUGUAAAACAAACAAAUAGAAAUUGAAUGCUGAUGGUGUCGGAGUCAGAAAGAACACAUAAGUCGAGUUUCCAUCCGAACGUGUCACAAACUUUAAACUGAACAAACUGAAUUUUCAGAAACUUGGCAAAAGCAAAUGCUAAUUUAUGUCUCCAUCCACCUCUGUGAGCUGUAGGUGGCGCUAACUCUCCAGUCAGGUGCCGUUAAACCGCUGCAGAGCAAGAGGCUGCAACGACAUGACCUAAUUAAAAGAACAAGGGAAAUUCCUGGUGUCCUGUUCGUGUUUGUUUCUUGUAUCAAUUCAAAGUAUGUUGUAGGCUCCGCAUUGGUCCCAGUGUCUCACCGAGUGACAUGACUAAGUGACUGAGUAUGAUAAUUUUAUCCUUCAUCAUUCAUUCGCUGAAUCUGUUUCCAUUGCACUGAGUUGCAUUUGCCUUUAAUUGAUACACCAACUUUUCCAUGCUACCAAGGAUAAAAACUUUUCUUUUUUUUUCCCUGAAUGGAAACGUAUACAGUCACAUCUCUGUUCAAAUCAACAGUGAACACAUAUCACACUGAAAGAAUGAUAAAUAUAACAGAAAUAUAUCAGAAAAAUGUUCUCUAUUCAUGUCUAUUUACCAUUACCACUGAGGUAAUGGUAAAUGAAAAGUUGGCAAACCUAUAGUGCUGUAUGACCUUAUGUAUUGCAUCAUUAUCAAGCAAGUAGUCACUGAGGUAAACAAGUUCUGAUCUGUGUAGCUUUAGAAAACUAUUAAAGUUUUAACCCUUAACUCUCACUCUGGUUUUGUUAUUGUACCCAGCAACAGUUGAAAUGACUUCAGGAGAGAGGUACACGUGUUCAUGAGAGCUGUCGUUUUUUGUCGUGCUCACAAAGUAAUCAUUGUUUCACUUUGUUAAAACCACAAUGGUUUCAGUUUUGUAAUAACAACUGUUGUGGAUGUUGAUUUGGAAAGUAAACCUCAGGAACACGCUGUUUUUUUUUUUUUCUUUCUUCAGAAAGAGGCUGAAUGAGAGAUUGCAUUGAGUUACUGAAGCCAGUGGAACAGAGGGAAGCCUGGCUGUGAAGGCAUGACCUUGGCUCUCUAUAUGUUAGCACAAUAGACUAAAUGUAUGUCCAGAGCAGCACGGCACAGGAGGGACACAGCAGGUGGAAUAAUUACAUUUAUGUUGGUUUCACCCCAGGAAAACAUUUUGUCAUUCCAGGCAGGUAGUAGAUAUAAAGUGUCAAUAAACUGGCUACUGGAUAACAGAUAAAAUAACAUUUAGAUUUAUCCUUCAGUUUUGAGACAGUGUAUGGAGUAUGGAGGUCACAAAGAGUGUUGCCAGACUGGUUUGUUUUCCACCCAGUUGAUGUACUUUUUCUUUAAAUGAGCAAGUAAAAGUAGAUUUAGGUGGGUUUUCAUAUUUUGAGCUACACAGACAUUUAGAUUCAGUGUGCCUUACACUCUCCGAGAAUAUCAUCAUCUCUUAUCGUGAGUAAACGGCCAUAAAUCCACUUAGAAAUCAUAGAAAAAAAGAUGCUACUUGUAACUCCAGAACUUGCCUGCAGAGGAUUGUUUUUCAGUAUCAACAUAAUCCAGUAACAGUUGCCUGUGCACCCAUGGCUACAUUGCAACAGGAACUGUUAAUAGCAAAUUCAGUGUACUUAAUUUUCCAAACUAAACAAAUAUGGUAAAAAAAAAAAUAAAAAGGGACUCAAUUUUAUCCUACAAAGUAACUGACUGGAUCCAUGGCAACACUAUACUUCCCUUUUCUUGUAAAUAUAUAUAAAUCUGGCAGCACUGGUCACAGUCGGGGAGCCACAUGAACUGUAGGUCUGUGUUUGUAUAACCUAUCUUCAAAGCAAAUAGAGCACUUUUCACUGAGGGUAUAUUUUAGCUUUAUGAUAUAAAACACCUCAGAUUUUAGCUCCUUUUUGAUCUUGUAAAAAAAAAAAAGAAAAAAAUCAUUCCAUAAACAGAAAGAAGCAGAAUUGAAGUGUAAAGGUUGUGGCAUGAUGCGCCAGCUUGGUGAGCGACUGUUUCACUAUAAAACAUCAUGCCAUACGACCAUUUGUUCAUUAUUACUGCAAUGACUCCUACAGGUUUAUGUUCUUCUUAGGAAGAGUGUGCGGGUGUUUAUGGUAAACAUGGCUGAACCCUGCGGUUUGAGUGUGGCAUUUCCCAGUAUUACCAAUACCUUAAUUCAAAGAAUAAGAUUACUAGUCACACAACUCUGUCCACAGAUAGAUAGAUAGAUUAGAUAUGAGUAAUGUUGUACAAAUUAACUCAUAGGCUUGGGCAUGCAUCCUUCCUUGCACAUAGUAUCUGAGUCUGUGGUCCUUUAAUCUCAGUGCUGAUACUUUCUAGUAUUAUGUUGUCAGCUAGAAGGGGAUUCUGGGAAUUGUUUUUUUUGGAACGCUAUUGGGUACUAUAACGAAAUCAGAGACCAUUUUUUUCAUCUUACUUAAUCAUAUGAGUACCUCCAACCAUGACUGACUGACGGUAUUGAUUCCCAUCAUUAACCUGAACAAAGAGGCGUCAUCCUUACUGUCGGCCAAAUAAACUCCAGCCACAGUCCUCAUUUCUUUCUACAUUUCUGUCUACAAAUCCAAUUCUUCAGCGUUUCUAUUCUAGUAUAAAUUCUGUUGGCUAUUUUCAGUGUUUUCAGAAAGUUUUCAGAGCCCUUCACCUCCAUCAGAUCUUGUUAUCUUGCGGUCUUUUGCUAAAAUCCUUUAAAUUCAUUUUUCAUUCAUCAGUCUACAAUCAGCCCCCACGAUGACAAAGUGAGAACUGAAUUUCAGAAAUGUUUGCAAAUGUGAAACGAGAAACUGAAACAUCACAUCUAUAAAAGCAUUCAGACCCUGUACUUAGUUGAAACACCUUUGGCAGUGAUUACAUCUUUGAGUCAUCUUGGGUAUGACACAACAAGCUUUGCACAUCUGGAUUUGGGGAUUUCCUGCCGUUUUUCUCUGCAGAUUCUCUCCUCCACAUCCUCCAGAGAUGUCUAAGUCAGAGCUCUGGCUGCGUUACUCAAGGACAUUCACAGAGGUGUCGCUAAGCCUCUUCUGCAUUGUCUUGGCUGUGUGCUUAGGUCCUGUUGGAAGGUGAACCUUCAGGCCAGUCUGAGGUCCUGGACUCUGGACCAGGUUUUCAUUAAGGAUAUCUCUGUACUUUGCUCCAUUCAGUUUUCCCCUCAACCUGGACCAGUCUCCCUGUCCCUGCUGCUGAAAAACACCCGACCAGGUUAGAGGUCAAAUUUACAACAUUAGUUCUCUGAGAAUUUCCUAUCCAAGCAAAAUUUGUAUUAUAACUGAAAUAUCUCUAACUAAAAAAAAAUCACAUAGAAUUGGCGCCUUGUGAAUCAGAAUUGAAUCCAUUCUAGAAAAUCAGUGGCAAUACCCAGACCCAGUCGGGAGCCCAGAGGUCCACUUCAGAGAAAAAAAAAAUGUAGAAAUGACGUUCGGACGUUCAGUCGGGUCGUUUUGAGGUAUUAAAUCAAUGCAGUUAACGUCACUGUUUUUAUGGUUUCUCAUCACCACAGCUGCUGUUUGUGUUGAGUGCAGGGGUGCAGCUGAAGGUUACUGUAAAGAUCAGCUGAUAACAUUACAUAAUGUGUGCGUGUUAAACCAAUGUACCUAUAGCUUGUAUAAAACAACGCAUUUUGACAGUUAUUCACAAGGUGCCCGCACAUGUAAUCACGGUAAACAGUCAGGCUGUAACAAUGGCAACAACUAGUGCGUGACAGGAUAAUACAGACUCACCUCAUCUCUCUUACCAAGGCCCUUCUCCCUCGGAUGCUCAGUUAGCCCAGUUUUAGGAAGAGUCCCGGUUCUUCCAUUUAAGAAUGAUGGAGGCCGCUGUGCUCUUGGGAACUUUCAAUGCAGCAGAUUUAUUUUAUUUUUAUUUUUUUCGUAUAGCCUUCUCCAGAUCUGUGCCUCAACACAAUCCUGUCUCUGAGCUCUGCAGACAGCUCCUUCCUCCUCAUGUCUUGGUUUUCUGCUCUGAUCUGAAUUGUCAGCUGUGAGACCUUUAUAUAGACAGGUGUGUGUCUUUCCAAAUCAUGUCCAAUCAGUUGAAUUUACCGCAGGUGGACUCCAGUCAAAGAGUAGAAACGUCUCAAAGAUGAUCAAGAGAAAUGGGAGGCACCUGAGCUAAAUUUGAACUGUCAAAGCGUCUGAAUACUUUGCAUUUUGUCAUUAUGGGGUAGUGGGUGUAGAUUUGAUGCAUAAGGCUGCAACAUAAUUUCUCAAUGUACUGUCCUUCAGUAUUUCACCAGGAAUGAUACAGUGAUUUUGAAUAUGUCACUUGUAUGUGAAAGAACCAUGUUGAUUUCCCCCUUAUCAUCUCUAUGCAUUGCUAAUCAAAUUAUAUCCAUCCUUUUAUGUAACUUAAGCUGGUAAGUGAAGAAUGUGAAAAGAUAAUAUUUAGUUUUUGUUUCUUUAAUUGUGACUAACUGGAUUCUCCUUUCAUUCUUGCAAGCAAAGAGUGUCAAAAAUGGAAAUGUGUGCUUUUGUAACGCUUAGCGGUGGCCUAUGUUGCAUCGAGAGCAUCCCGUCUGUGCUGUACACCCCAUCACACCCAGCAUUCACCUGCAUUCUGGAUGUGUUUCAGCUAUGUCUAUUGUAUCUCAUAAAUGUGUUGAAAUUCUGUUUUUUAAAAGUGAGCUCAGACACACACACGCACACACACACACACACACCAGACACACACACACACACACACAGACGUAUUCUCACUAUGUAUAAUGCUUUGGUGUAAGACUAACCCUGUUUCAAACAGUUCACUGUUGCAUCCAUGAUAUUCUGUCACCUGAGUUGGUCGGUCCCAUGCUCUUUUUUGCUUCACGCAUGGCCUUCGGCUUCAUAUCACUAUUCUUGUGCCUUGUUUAACUACUGUAAAUGGUGAAUGUUGUAAAGUACAGAUGGGGAUGAAAAAAAAGAACAAUUAAUCAUACUGACAUACAUUUAAAGGUAUUAGUUGAAAAGUAUUUAAGAUUAUAAUAUUGAAUAGACUGCAGAGCUUUUCUAGUGCUGAACAUCUAUGUUUGGUAAUGCCAGGGCAGCUUUGUGGUAUAUUGUAUCUAUAAUUAUGGACAUUUUGGAUGUUUUCUGUACAGUAGAAUUUGCAAAUGUAUAUGCAGCCUUUUGGAAAUAAAUGUACAGUUGAAAGAUCUCAA